AUGGAAGAGCUUUUAUCGCUUGAUUUCAUCAAUGCCAGUACAACGCUGGAAGGGAGCACAACUACCGUAUCCAGUAUCACUAGCAUCGUUACGGUACCCACCAGUGUCCCAACUACAGAAGCCUAUGCAGAAUAUGAAGAGUGCUAUAAUGAUCCGAUGUUCACAAUUUUUACCUAUACGGUAGACGAUAUGUUGCUAGCGGCAAGUAUGGCUGCUACCGUAUUCAAUGUGAUGGUGAUUUUUUGUGCCAUAAAACUUUUCAAACGGAGUGGUGAUACUAUGCAUCUCUUCAUCCUCAAUAUGACAAUUGGUGAUCUCGUAUUGACAAUAUUCUGCCACCCCAAUGAACUUCUCAUCCGUAAACACGACUUCCUUCAACAAAAACAUCUUUGUGCUGUUGUUCACUAUUUUAAUUGGAUUGGACUUGCCGUUUCCGGUCUCUCGCUAACCCUUCUCAACGUUGAUAAGCUCAUUUACUUCCGUUGGCCUUUGAACUAUGAUAGAUCCAUGUCAAAACGGAGAGCCGGCAUGUUUUGCAUUGCGAUUUGGGUGUUGUCUAUCGGAUUUGUCUCCUACUGUUGGCUGUUCAAGAUUGUCUACAUCUACCAUCAGGAUUGCUCCCUCCAGAUGGCUCCGAACAAAAAGUUUUUCUAUGAAAUUUUCACCAUGUUGUUCUGUGUUCUCCCAGUCACUUCUUCUCUAAUUGUCUCCAUUUAUCUUUUCAAUUUGACACGUAGCAAGCGAAAUGCUCCCAACGUUGGUGAUCCAAGUGUCAUGAAGAACAAGGUUCUUGCCCAAGUUAAAUCUCUUGCAUUCAUUUUCGCUACAACUACUUGGACCUCGUGCAGUUUGCUACCGUAUCGCAUCGUUAACCUGGCCAGAAUCCAUUUGUUUACCUGGUCAGAACUCAGUUGUGAAGGAAAACAACGCAUGAACUGGAUUGCUUGGAUACUAGUGUACCUACUCACUCUCAAUCCGAUCAUCAACCCGCUCAUCACGUCGCUAAUCUACGCUCCGUACCGUUUGACUAUUAAGAAAUUCCUAGUAAAUAUUCCAGUUGGGACUCGCUUUUUGUAUAACAAUCAACCGGAGGGUGCUUUGCAGUCCGACAGCAGCUUCGCUUCCAUUCGUCGCAACCGUAACCGCCGAUCGUCGUGCACCGAACUUGCCAGCCUCAGACAGUCAACCGAAGUCGUUCGAAUCUCAAUGAGUGAACCUCCAGUGACACCAAUGAAGAGCGACGAUGGAUUUACGUUUGACCCCAAUCCAGCUCCAACUGCUGUAGAGAAGAAGAACCAACUUCAAGUCGGGAGCCGUUGCUAA